AUGUCGCAGGAUUCUCGACGUGCUGGUUCAUUGUCCAGAGAUGUGACGCAAACUGAUGACCGUGGAAGUGACAAUGAUCGUACCUUCAACCGCAAUCCUACCCGCCGGCCACCUCAACGACCUCGGCCCCAGUCAUGGCAUCCAUACGGACCCGUGGAGCCACCACUGGAAUCCAUGUCGUCCCGACCCAUUGGCGUUCAUGCCAUCUUGAAUCAUCCACAAGCAACAACUGACCUGGCCGGCCGUGAGCCACUGAGCCUACCGGGUCCAUCAUCCUCACCUCGUCCCCAAGGGACCUCGCCCAUAAUCCGUUCAGGAUAUGCAUUGACGUCGCAGCCGCUAUCUCCUUACUCACGGCCUCUGAUGAAUCCAGCAUCGCCUUCGGCGCGGUUUGUCGGCGGGGGCGGCAGGGCUUCUGGUCAGUCUAGUGUCGCCCAGUCACCACUACUUCCUCAUGAACCUUUGAUGGGCCCACGCCUACCCGUCACUAGUUCGCCUUUGCCCAUGGAGACGGGCCUACGCUCAAUAGCACCUCUCACUAGCACUCAGCCUCCCUCGCUGCAUUCUACCAGUAUGCAUUCCAGGCGAAUUAGUGCCGGCCCGGGGCCUCUCAGCAACCUGAAAUCCCAAGAAACGAGUCCUAUCACGUCUCAUUCAACUUUCAAUCACUUUGGCCAUGCAUCCCCAGCAGUGACCAGUGUCUCCCUCGCACAAAGCACCGCAUCAUAUCCUACUGCGCCUCAAUAUAUGACAUUGGACCCUGUGGUUCGAACCGUCUCCGCAACAAAAGGCCCCAGACGCCAACCUGAGCAACACCCCACCCGAGCCGGAACACCACAGGAUAGUUCCCUUCCACUGGGCAUGAUACCAUGCGUACUAGACAUGCGAUCCGGCUCCUCCAGCCAAGCCGAAAAGCGCAAAGCUAACAGCGACGCAUCACGACGGUUCCGCAAUCGCAAGCGCAACGAAAUGCAACUGGAGCAGCGGCUCACCGCACAGCAGGACGAGAUCCAGCGCAAUGUAGAAACCGUCCGUCGUCAGAGCGAAGAGAUCCGCUUCCUCGUCCAGCAACGAGACCACUACCGCUCCGAACGAGACUUCUACCGCGACCAACUCGGCCGCACAAUGUCUCUGAGCGCCUUACCCCCCAGGCCCUCCUCUCCACGCUCCGCCCAACCAACCCUCCUCCCUGCAUCAGAACCGGGCACCACGACAUCGUGGUCGGGCGUCGAUGCUGCCCGAUCCGCUUUAGGCACACAGCCGACUUCCAAUCCGCCCCAGGGAAGGAUGCUCGAAUCAGUUCAGUCUCAACCUACUUGGCCUGCAAGUCCUCCGUAUUCUUCAACCCCCAUUGCAUCCGCCGGACGGGCGGUUGCUGGCCCGCAUUCCCGGUCGCCGUCGCUAUCUGGGGGCCAACUGCCUCCGCUGCAGGGAUCGUGGUCACGUCCUUGA